GUAACAGUUCAACAAGUUUCGUGUGUGCAGCAAGGAUUCAUUUAGUUUGUAAAUAUGCUUUCACAAACUAUCAGAUUGUUCUGAUAUUAGUUUGCAAAUUAUCUCGCAAUUAAUAAAGUGAUACUUGAAAACCCUGUGCUACUAGUGAGACGUACAAUUGUGUGGAAAAUUAUGUUAUGGAAAGUAUAGCCGGAUAUAUAACGGAUUGAAACAUUGUUAAUUCCAAUCUUCUAAAAUGAUGGAGGAUAGUGGAAUAGAAAGUGAUCCAAAAGCCUUGAAUCAGUUGGAGGACGAAAGAUUAUUUCCGGGCAGUGACAGCAGUAGCAGUAGUAAUCACGUACCAACGCCACAGCGAAGCACUACCAAGCAGUUGCAGAAGAAACUAGAGGCUCGCAUCGAGCAAGCAAAAAGAAUUCAACGAAAUUCUGAGUACAAAAAACUGCCCAAUAGUGGCAUCGGGAAUUCUGGCUCUGGAAGUAGUACGGGACUCAUUUCUAUUCAAAGAUUGCCUAUACCGCACAAAGGGAAGGAGCAUCAUCCGUUGGUCGAAUAUUGGGAAAGUGACAGUGAAAGCGAAGACGAGAUGACGUUGUACCCUCUCUCUCGUUCCAAAGACUCAAACAAACACAAACAGGACCUAACGGAUACAUUCAGCAUCGAAGAGUUGAGCGAAGGAAGCGAGGACUCGUUACACUUGGGUCCAGCCCAGUCGUCUCAUCCUCAUGCGCGUACAUAUACUCCGGUUGGGUGUUUCACCUGCCAUUGCCAUAUAUUGUAAAUCAUUUGAAAGCAAGCUGAUGGCCAAAUAAUACAAUGCUUUAAUCUCGUCUGUUCGUAUACAGUUUGUGACAAUAGUUACUCUCAUUGCCAAUGAUAACGACUAUAUUUAAAGAAUGCUGAGAUUCCGAAGUUGAAUCUAUCGAUACAUAAUUUUGCAUUAAUAUUAUUGUCUGGAUACGUCAUCGAUGAGAAGUCGUUUUUGUUCAUUAUUCAGAAAAGUGUAUUCCUUGGAUAUUGGAUGCAAUAUUAGUAGUUACUUGUACGCCAUAGAUUCAAAACACCAAUGCAUUCUGCUUAAAAGUAUUUUGCAGUUUAAGUUUCAACUAAGUUACGUGAUAUCGUCAUAUCAAUGCUAUAACAUUGGCCGAAUGAAACCGUGCUUCCUAUUUUACUACGGCUAGAGCUCUGUACUGAUUAACUGACUUUUAGAGCGACGCCAUCUCUGAUUUGAUAUAAAAAUGUACAGCAGCGUUUAGCGUUGCAUGUUACAUCGUAGGUCUUUAUGAAUAUAAAACAAAGGUAGAAAAUUAGAACCUUGAAAUAAACAAUUUAAAAUUACGGCACAACGAUUGUCAUGAACUAAAAGAAGUAUCUGCAAUUCCACAUUUUUGCCUAAAGAAUUUGAGCCGGAAUAACAUUUAAAUAUUAUUUUCAUUUCUGAUUAAUCAGAAGAUACAUGUCAAUUGUUAUGAAUAGAUUUUGAUAUUCCAAUUUCUAUAUAAUUUGAAUAAGAUGUUUUUUAUAUCACAGUUUAUUUGCACAUUGUUGAUUACUCAGCCUUUAGAGUGUUUGUUAUUUUUAUAUUUAAUUUACAACUAAAGGCAACGCGUAUUUUAUUUGACUGUUCGUAGAUGGAAAUUAUAAGUUGUUAACUAUUAAAUGCACAAACGACAACGACUAAAGAUAGUAUACAGUAUAUGUACGUAAUAUAUGAUAUACGCAGAGAUAAAAAUAUAAAUUAUA